AGUUUGGUUUUCCCUUUUGACUCUUCCUCUGAUUUUAGCUGGAAUCAUCAAAUAUGUAGAAAGGAUUUUGUGUCUUAAGCUCACUAACUCAGAGAACCAGGUGGAUCAUCUCCAUCUUUAACAAUCCUGCUCAUCUAUCUCACCCUGAGUUAAAUGAAUUAUUAAAAAAUAAAGAAUCAAAGGUAGUACUCCUAGGCUAUUUAUUGUUUUCAGCAAUGAGACCAGAUGUCAAUGAUUACGUCUGUCUCAAGGAGUAUCCCCUGUCCUUCAAAGUGAGGAUACAAACCUAUCUGAGGGAAACUAAUGGUCAAUUCAUUCAAGAAGUCAAGUUAAUUUUGCAAGACUUGCUUGAAAGCAGAGGGCCAAGGGGUUGUCAUUUCAACAUAGCUUCUGCAGAACUGGGGUUUAUAUUUGAUGUUGUUUGCACCAAGGCUGCUUUGAUUUAUACCAAGAAAGGAUGCUUCUUGCGCCUCUCCAGCUUCACCUGCUCCUUAGCAGUUCUUCUACUCUUCCUAAUCAGUGUCAUGAAUUAGUCAACGUUCAGUUUCUCAAGAGUUGAUAUUCUCAUAACAAUCAGAGUGCUGGUUGGAGCUGUUACGAUGGAAUUUUGUACAGUGUUCUCAAUGCUUUCUUCUGAUUGGGCAGUACUUCUGAUGUUAUUUCAUGACAAUUAUCUGGUACGCAAGAUUCUCCAGUAUGUCUUGCAAUAUAUCCCUCGCUUCUUGGCUCAACAGAAGGUGAGGACAAGUCGGAUGGGACAAUUUGAUUUGUUGGAAUAUUGCUGGAAUUACAGUAAGGCGAAGGUUUUUGGUUUUUUAGAAAAGAAUUGUGGUUGUGAUAUUCUUGAGAAUUGGCAUAGGUCCAACCAUACAAGGUUUCAAGAUGUUCCAAGCUGUUUGAGGAAGAAAGAGAUUUACCAAAGGCGGUUAGGUUCCUUCUUUAUGGAUGAUUCCUUUGAAGCAACAAGGGGGGAAAAAGCCCUUAGUGAAUUGACCGGAAUGGGUGAUUCCUUUGUGGCAAAACCUGAUAUACGUGAUCACCUCAAUUGGAGCAUCAAAAUGGACUUUGAUUCCAGCAUCAUAACUUGGCACCUGGUUACAAGUAUUUGUUACCAUCAAGAUCAUGAUCUCAAUCAUGAUCUCAUCAAUAAUGCUCGCAGUAAAGACAUGGAGAUCAACAAAUAUUUAUCAGACUAUAUGAUGUAUCUGCUAGUCAUGCGACCUGCUAUGGUACUGCCUGAGCACUGCAGGAGUUUCUGGUUGGAUCAUGCUCUUGAUAAGCUCAGGGACACUUUCUCUAAAGCCUCCAACAAGAAGGCUGCUUUCAAUUCACUCUUCCACCUGUCCGAACUCAGACCCAGGACAGCGUUGGAGAACUUGCCAAAGUUUGCUGGAAACGUGGCCACAGGAUUGAAAGAAUGCAAAAAUAAAUGGGAGCUGAUAAAGGCAAUGUGGAUUGAGAUGCUUCUCUAUGCUGCACAUUCGUACCAGCAUGUAAACCAUGUUAAGCGGUUGGGAGAAUAUGGCCGUGAACUCCUUACUCUAAUCUGGGUUAUGGGAGGCUUCCGUAUUAUAGAAGAUGUGAUGACAGAGGACGUGUAGUCUUUAUGGUCUCAGACUUGGCCGUAAAGAAUUUAUGGGUAUUCUUGUUGUGCAUUUGAGAGAGUAUGCGAGUCGUCAUGCAAUUCGGUUCCUUUUUACUUGUGCAAUCUUCUUCUUAGUGUUCAAAUUCUUUAUCAUUGAUAAAGCUACAACCACUAUUGUACUCAUAGUUUGAAAAUUAGAUCAGAUUGGUUGGUCAGACCGAUUGAAUUGAUACCAGAUAGUAUAAAUGGUUUGAGUACAU